CACAUAGGAUACACCGUCAGGACAUGUUUGAAAACGAUUUUAUUCUGAAAGCUUCGCCCGUGAGUUUCCUUCCUCUGAAACAGCGAAUAAAAAUAGAAGAGAGGGCUGUGUAUUGCACACUGCGCUCACAGUGGGUUCACAAACAACUUUAGGAGCUAUAGUGCAGGCAGCACACAGUGCGUUUACCUGACUGAAACGUGGGCAUAGCACGAUUGCUCCCGGACUGACAGAGCAGAACAGAAGGAUGAGCUCACUAUGCAGACAACUGAGCCAGAUGCUGGCAGUAUGGAGCUGGAGGAGGAGGCUGGAUGUUUCCCUUUACCAAGUCCCUGGCUUUAACUUCAGGACCUUCUGCUCAACCGCUUCAGGACCAGACCCUAUCCAGAUCCACAAGAGGAAACUCUUCCUGUGGUUCAGCCACCUUCCUCAGGAGGAAAAACAGUUUGGAGGCUACUUCAGUCCAGAGACCAUGCAUGUGGAUCCACUAAUCCUCGAAAGAAAAGACGAGGAGAGGACAAGACUACUAAGCACCCCUCCCCCAACCCUGAAAAUCACUAGUCACUCUGUGACAGUUGAACAGCUAUUUGAGCCCACUGAUGCCUGGAGUGAUGGUAAUGGGGUCAAUGUGCUACUGUACGGGGCUGUGGGAACAGGUAAAAGUACAGUGAUCCGAAAGCUGGUUCUGGAUUGGUGCAGAGGGAAUACCCUGACCCACUUCAAGCUGCUGGUGCCUUUUUCUUGUGAGGACCUCAGCCAACUGUCAAAGGUUGCUUCCUUAAGGGAUCUGGUGAGCAGGAAGUACCUCCACCUGAGAAAACACCCCUUGCUUAGUGGGGAGGGAAAUCAGGCCAAGGAUGUUCUCUUCCUCUUCAAUGGGAUGGAGAAGAUGGACUUAGACUUCCGGAUUGGAUCCACAGAGCUCUGCAGUGAUCCUAAUGAGGUGCUGUCUGCAGAUGUAGUGGUGGUGAACCUGCUGCGGAAGUACCUCCUGCCUGAGGCCAGCAUAUUGGCGACCACCAGACUGUCUGCCCUUGACCGUAUCCCUCAGAAGUAUGUGAGUCGGUAUGCACAGAUUUGUGGCUUCAGUGACCCAGACCGUCAGCGGGCAUACUUCACCAGCCGCCUACUGCAGCAGAGUGGCAAGACUGCACGUGAUGAUGAGGCCCACGCUCUUUUAGAGCUGCUGUACCUCAACCUCCAGAGAGAGAGCCAGUUGGCUGCAGCCUGCUUUUUGCCCUCUUAUUGCUGGCUUACAUGUGCUACCAUGCACUUCCUCCAUUUUACAGAUGCCAAGGCACCAAUCCGCACACUGACUGGCAUAUACACCAGUUUCCUCAGACUCAACUUUGGGGGUGAGGUGCUGGGCACAGGGACAAAGACAAAUGUGACUAUUCAGGAACACCACAACUCUUUGAUGUUGUAUGUGGUCCGUACAGUUGGUAAACUCGCAUUUGACGGUGUGACGUACAAACGAACAUCAUUCUCAGAGAAUGAACUAGAGCAGUGGAUAGGAGGGAAGACCAAAACGGAUGAGGAGCUACAUCAGUUGGCCAUGUUCCGGACUGAUGUGCUUGACUUCUUCUUGGCUCCUUGUGUAAAAAGAUCUAGGCAUUUACAUGAAGCUUCAAGUGAAGAUGAUCAAAGUUGGUAUGUAUUCGCUGUCCCAGCCAUGCAGGAGUACCUGGCCGCUCUCUAUGUUGUUUUAGGAGAAAACAAAUCAGCUCUGGAGAGGCUGACCAGGCAGAUGUCUCUGACAAUUGGACAGGCAAGCGAGGACGUCAGCGCCAUCUUCAACAUCGUCUCUAAAUUCAUUCCUAUUAGAAUAUUUGCUGUGUUCAAUCUCCUCAAGCUUUUUCCAAAGUUUUAUGAGAAAAUCAGCAGCCACAACAAAGGCAGCAUAGCCAGAACCAUGGCAGCUGAGAUGUUCCGCACCGAGGACAGCUGCAAUGAGGAUGUCCUGGAUCAGAUGGAGCAAAGUCUUUUAGGAGUCCAUGGCCCUCAGCCACAGCAGCAAAGUGAAGGCCAGCCUUUUGAACUCUACCCCAUCUUCAUGGGUGGACUUUUGCAUUAUGGUAACCGUGUCCUUCUCCAGCAACUUGGCUGCAGUAUCCAGAGCUCCACUGUGGUCCAGAUCACAAAUGCCCUUAGGAAGCACCUUGUGAAGGAGCUCAGCAAACCACAGCCACCAGAGGAAUUGAUGGAUCUGCUCGUUCUUCUGUAUGAGUUUCAAAACCCCAGACUAACAGCAGAGAUUCUGGCCUCAAUCAGAACCAUCCGCCUCGCCAACAUUCAUAUGACGUCACUCAAAUGCUUCAUACUGAGCUCUGUUAUAUCAUGCACCCCUGCAAGUUAUCACCUUGAAGAGCUGGACCUGUCCUCCUGUCUACUCACUCAAGACAUGCUUCAGAUGCUGUGGCCUGCCUUCAGACACACCCAUAAUCUCAAUCUGCAGUUUAACAGCCUGGGUCCUGAAUCCUGCAUCGUCUUGAGAGAUCUGCUACGAGAUCCAAAGAGCUCUAUAAGAUCUCUACAACUGUGUGGCAACCCUCUGGUGGAAUCUGGAGCCUGCAUCCUGCUGGAGGCCCUGCCAGAAAACCAUUCCCUGACACACCUGUCCCUGAUGCAUACUGGGCUGGGGGACCAGGGGGCCCUGGAGCUGGCUGAGAGGCUCCGGGAGCAUAAGGUCCUCCAGGAGCUAAAUGUUGCCUAUAACAACAUUGGAGACAAUGCUGCGCUGGCUCUGGCUGAUGCCUGCAGGGAGCACCCCAGCAUUCACACUUUACAUGUGUAUCUGAACUCCCUCAGUGAUGCGGGGAAGCAGUCCUUGUAUGUCAGAGGUGUUCCAAGUCACAGCGGAAGUGGCCGGAAAGUCAAGGUCCUAGCUUCAGUCACUGAAGGCUCAGAUAUUUCCGAGGACUGGCACCCCAUCCUCAGUGUGAUACGAAAGAACACCUCAUCCUGGGACCGCCAACGUGUCAAGCAGCAGCUCCAGGUCUUCCUCAGGGAUCUUGAGUGGGGGCGUCAGCAGCAGCAGAGCUUCUGGAAGAGGUUACAUUUCCGUAGAGUGGAGAAGGGGGUCCGACAGACCCUGCAAAUGCUAGAGAAGGACACCAUACGUAAAUCUACUGGAUACAACAAAUAAUCAGUAAAAAAACAAAUAGAGGUGAAAGGGCAAUACAAAUCCUCAGCAGCAUUGUACAUUUAAACGUAUUUACAAAUUGACCGCAAGCCUCGGCAUUCAUAUUUUACUGGACCUGUGUCAUUUACACCAUGUUCUAAUCCUAGAAGUCAGGAGGGGCGAUGCUAGCAGAUGUAGCGAUGCGAACAUGCCAUUGGUUGGGAGCUUGUGUGCAGUGUGGGUGUUUCCAGUAGGUGCGUGCAAAUGUGACCACGGCUCCAAAGGAAGACAUUGGAGGACAUUUAGGCAACAAAAAAAAAAUAUCACAGUUUUGAGUUGAAUUUGAAUGUCAGGGCUUGGAUGACACCACAAGAGCAGUAUGGAGGCAUAUUUUUUUUUGUUACUUAAAUUGUAUUGUAUUUGGCUUCAACAGUUUUUAUUCCUGAGAUCGCUUAAGUGGUAUUUGGACUCAAACACCCAACACUCCAUCGGCAUAGAGUAGAUAAUGAGUGAAUUUAUCUGUUAUCUGUUCAUUAUUUAUUUAUGAAACUAUCCCUUUUAAAUUCAAUUUUAUUUGUAUAGCGCCAAAUCAUAACAUCACAUUACCUCAAGGCACCUCACAUGGUAAGGAUGUGUCCUUUUUUAAUUAUUUUGGUUAAUCAGGAAACAGCAAUAAAUAUUAAGAGGAGCUGAUGUAUUUUCCCAGGAAGACAAACACAGACAUGAUCUGCCCUACUCUGCCUAUGAUUGGCUUACUCUGAUAUACGUAUCCUAAAUAACCAAUCACCACUCAUACCAAUCACACCUAAACCAACAUACCCAACCAACAAAAGCAACAAGCAAUGUGAUGCUUUUGUUAAGCUAGGGGGGAAAAAAGGUUUGCAGGACACUAUUGAAUUCAAUUAAAUUGUUUUAGUGCCAAAUCAUGAUAUACAUUAUCUCAAGGCACUUUAGAACACACUACUGAUUGAUGUGCGCCACAGGCGAUUUAGAAAUGGGUACAUGCUAUGCUGAUUGAAAAAUAAGUGGCUAUAUGACAUAUACCUAUGUAUAACCUGCACUCCACCACUGGUUUUUGGUCAUCCAGGCUUUGAAGUCGAUGGUCUCAAAUGUGGCAAUAAGAUCCAACAGAACUACUAUAGAGACAGUCCAUUAUCUGAGGCCAUGAAUAUGUCAUUGGUUAAUUUUAACAGUGCUGUGAUAAUUGAAAGUCCUCAAACAAACCACAAUUGUGCAAGUUCUUGCAUAACUGUUAGAAACAGAUUUGUCAAGGAUUUUGAAAAUGAAGGGAAGGUUUGAUUUGGGUCUAUAAUUAACUAAAUAUCUUGGUCAAGAUUGGGCUUUAUAAGCACAAUUUUAAUUAUAGCUGACUGAUAUGCUUAACGGUUUAAAAACAAGUUAAUCUUGUUAACAUAAUGAAUCUCAAGAUUGGCUAUGACCCACAGAGAUGAAAUCCCUAGAACCCCACCAGUCAGGUAGAAACACCUUGGAUUAGAGGUGAACAUAGAAAAGCAACUGCAAGUCUUUACCAUUUAUACAUAUAUAACUCCUGAAGAGUUGGAUGAGUGGCAAGCUUCACAGAUUCAGUAGAAGUCAUAAUUCUUACAAGGCAACAAGAACCAGACAUAAUGUAAUGUUGAAGUUAUGAUUGUGCUACAGUAGUCUGUGGGAAUAUUCAGCUGACUGUAUAAAUAUGAAAUGUGCAUUAACAAAUAAAUAUUUUCAACAAAAUCUCACUAUUUGUCUUAUUGGGCUUAAUAAGGUGCAAUAUCCUCUGCCCUUACAUGUGAGGGAUCCCUCUUCCAGGAUGGACAAAAGAGCCAGCUCCAACUAUGAUUUGUUACUACCAACUCUAAAACAGCAGAAAUUAAGUAAAAUGUAAGAAACUGAACUUGAGAAUAUAGAUAAUCAAACACAAAUUUCUGGGGGUCUGUCAUCUCAGAGGAAACUGAAGGUGUUUUAUUGACAUCAACACUCAUUAAAGAAUUAAAAAUGUUGUUAUCCAGUCUCUCCCCCACAUCCUGAAGAAUGGAUCUACUUAGAAAUACACAUAGCUUUUCACCUGUUUAAGUUUACCUUUAAAUAACAGUUAUGACAACAAUACACUGAAAGUUAAUGCUACUGUUUAACCACAUAUAAGAAGUUACCUAAACAUUAUGUCAAGCUGAACCAUCAGGUCAAGCUCAUGGACUUUUAGUAACUCACAUUAAUGCAGCUCACAUCCUUUAUAUGGCAAAAACAAAACAAACCGUCAUCUUAAUAUUGGUUAAAUUAACCUUUUUAACCAUCAUAACUUUCAAUCAAUCAAUCAAUCAAUUUGAUUUGUAUAGCCCAGGGGUUUGGAGCCUUGGGAUACAUUUUUGGAACUGUGAACUUUUAAAUUAAAAUAAUCUUAGAAUAUACUAUGAACGUGAACUAGUUUAUUUUCAUCUGCAUGAACUAAUCUUUGAACUAGUUAAUUUUAAGUGAGAACUGGCAUAACACUGAGUAAAACUAUAAAUAUAACUUUUUCAGCUGUGCUAUCAAAUAUGUAUUCUGGCUCCAGACAAAUUUUAUUUAGUACAACAGGGGGCAAAAUGGCUCCUUUGACAGUAAAGCUUGCCGACCCCUGGUUUAGCCCAUAUUCACAAAUCACAUAACUUUAACACAGGGCCGGCCCUGGCCAUGUUGGAGCCCUAGGUGAGAUUUCAGAUAGUACAUAGUCAAGAAGUUCAUAAUGAAUGAUGGGGAAAUGUCAUCAUGUGGGGCCAAAAUUCUGGGAAAUUGAAACUCCAGGAGAACAGCGGGGGAAUCGAAAGUAUGGGAUGCUAAUUUCAUCAUUUACAGUGGGUACGGAAAGUAUUCAGACCCCUUUAAAUGUUUCACUCUUUGUAUCAUUGCAGCCAUUUGCUAAAAUCAAAAAAGUUUUAUGUUUAGAGAGCUUUAGUUAGCUUGAUGAGCCUCCUGUUUAGGUGAGCCUUUUCUUUUGUACCGUUUCAUAGUAGUUUGGUUUUCCUCCUUCGGGAGCGCUUUUGAUUUCUUGCUCUAGCCUUUUGUUUGUCCUCCUUCGGGAGCGAUUUAUGUUGUAUACCUCUUUCUUUGUCUAGUGAGUGUUUUGUUAAUAUUAAGUGAGUUUUUUCAUAGCCCGAUUGUUUGUCACUCUUCUUAGAGGAUCAGAAUUCAAUAAAGUGUGCUGGUACGUGUAAUCCUCUGCAUCUGAGUCCUCAUUUCAGUCCAGGCCUGACAUUUUUCUGUCAAGAUGAGGUGCUGAGUGUACAUUAAUCAGAAAUAAAAUGAACUUUUUUGAUUUUAGCAAAUGGCUGCAAUGAAACAAAGAGUGAAAAAUGUAAAGAGGUCUGAAUACUUUCCGUAACCACUGUAUAUAAUAUAUAAUAUUCACUUUUAUCGUUUAAAAUCGAUUUUCAGUGUGCUUUCUGGGCCGAUUGAUUUACAUGGAUUAGCAUGGAAAGGAGGCGCCCAUUUUUUCGAGGCGCUUUCUGGAGAAAGAUGCACUUGUGGAGAGUUGCAAUGUUUGAUUGGUCAUUAGGACUGAUUGGAAUGUAGAGCUGUGUUUCAUAAGUGUAGUAGUGAAAAUGGACAUUAUGUUUGCUGAUGAUUUUGUUGCUAAGGGGGAGCAUGUAGUUGGAAAAUAGAAUGGGACCUAGGAUUGAACGAUCGAUUACGUAAUUGCGUCAACUUGUGAAACGUGCGUCGUAAGGAAGGAGACUGCACACAGUCAAAGCAUGGACUCAUCGUAAGAGCAAGCUGAAGCGGGAAAAAAUCGCCCACGAUCACCUACCAUAGGUCCCCGAUAGGUUGACCACGGUCAACGACCUGUUUUUCAGAUUCUGACAAACCAUUUCUAUUUAACCUGUGUAACCUGUAAAUAACAUCUCAAAUUUACAGUUGUUUUAUUUUAACCUGUGGGAACACAGAGAAAAGAUGUUUGCAACUGUUGAGUGGUUACACUGCAUGAAAAGAAGAGUUUGUGCCAGUACGUGUCGUAGGAAAUUCAUGGAGAAAUUUCGGUUAAGCGUUUCUUGCAGUUUUACAAGCCUGAGAAUGUUGGAAGGUGACCCCUUGCUCCUAAGCCUAGGGGAGGCUUUCACAUGCAAAUGCCAAUGCUCUGCGCUUUACAAAUGCAAAUCAGGAUAGUUUCCCUCGGAGCAGAUAACACCUUUUUCUAAAUUAUCUGGCGAAAGUACACCAGGCUUAAAAUAAAUAUAAAACCUGAAAUUGUAAAUUAUUCUUAGGUAAGUGUGCUAAAAUUAAUUACAUUGUAUACCACGAGCAAAAUCAAUGCUAUGAAAAAAAAUUGAAACAAUGCACAUUAUUUCAUCAUUUUAUUAUUAUCCAAAACACAAUCCUAAAUCUCAGAGUGGCAUGAUUACAGUCACUUUUUCAAAUGUGCUGGUUAAAUGCACAGUGGAUGUGUUAACCACACAUCUACCAGCAAUCCGCUCAACAGGCAGAAAUGAUGUUGGAUAUGAUUUGUCUGUGCCCCAAAAGCUCCAAACUUCUACUGGCUUUCCAUAAAAAUAUCUGUCCUCCCAAAAUACUGGAAAUUCCCUCAUAAUUUGAACUUCUUAUUAAACUUUCUCAGUAUUCCAUUAAACACUAAACACUUUUAUCCAAAGCGACUACAAUAUGUGCAUUCAACUAUGAGGGUACAAACACAGAACAGCAAAAAUCAUGUAAGUACAAUAACUUAAAACCAGAAAGAAUAAACGGGUCCUCAGUCACAUACUCAUCCCAUGUAAAAUUUAAAUUUAAAAGCUGUUUUAACCGCUGCUUUAAGAUGAGAAGGACAGUUGUGAAGCUUUACUCUGAAGAAGUGACGUCAGUUGUUUGCGUCAUCACCUGAUGGGAUUGUCCAAUCACAGCCUCGUGAAUGCAGAGUCUGUCUGCCGCAGACAUGAGAGGAUCAUGUUAAGUCUGUUCCGUAUGAGUGACUCUGUUUUCGGGAUAAAUAACUUGCUGAAGUCGACACGACACUGUUUCCCUGGAGGAGAAGAUGAGUGCGUGGGAAAGCAAAGCCGCGGGCCCGGUGUGGAGGAGUCGAGGCGGAGAAGACAGGCGCACAGUCCCUGAAUUAAGGAAGUUUCCGUCUCUUCACAGCUCUGUUGAUAAUGGCCGGCGGAGCGAGGCCUGAUUCCCGCACACAAGGACGCAGUCACUGCACAUUACGCAGAGACUCGCUGAAAGUCAAAAUUUGCAGUGCGGGCUAACAACGCCAUUGUACCUGCCUGUACUAUGACUUACUAAGACCCACUAUGAGCCAGUAUGAAGGAGCUUCCAGUUCAUCCAUACGGACCUUGCAUCAGCAUUCAAGAGUUCAGGAGUUGGCAGAGAAGAAAGAGGUUAAGCUGAUUGAAGACAGAUGACAUGGAUCCAUCCUUCCACAGCCAGGAGCUCACCGACCUGUGUGCCACACUUCAAAUAAGACUAGAGGCUACACUGGAUCUCACAGCUACACACCACAGACGUCUACACACCACAGAAGUCUACACACUGGGGCAGAUUCGGACAGAGUCCCACAAAGAACAUAUGACCCAGAGGCUCUAAAGAGACAUUUCAAGCUUCACCUGAUUAGCUUUUCACUGGCUAGGCUAGUUGUGUAUGUACAAUAUUUGUGCUGUAUGUAAAUAAACCUUUGACUCAA